UAGCCUUGUUUACGUUUCACAUUUCUCACUUACCGCUGUUCUGUUUAAAAAAAAAAAAAAACAAACAUGUCUGCUGUCUCUCCGGUUUUGAGUGCAGAUGAGGACUCGCUCGAGCUUCACAUGGUGCGGCUGGAACUGGAGGAUGUGGAGAAGCAGAUCCGCGGCCUACUCGACAAGCAGGCCCAGCUGCUGGAGCGACAAACUGCGCUGGAAACAUCUUGUGCCUCUGCCCACAUAUCCAAGGUAAGCACACAGCGUGGUAUUUCCACUCCCAGCCCCUCUACGCCGUGUGUUUCUCUGUGCAGGGACCGUGCACCUAGGACUUUCCCAGCCGUGGUCUCCGUCACGCCGGCGCCAACACACCUCGGGCCUUGGGUGAACCAGCGGCGGAAGGCGCGGGCUGGACCCUCUCCACCUCCGGUGUUCGAGAUUCCAACCAGGAACCGCUUCGCCCCUCUCCGCCAGACCAGACCCAACGCUGUGAUCGUCGGGGACUCCAUUGUGCGGAACGUCCGUGUAGCCUCAUCUAAAGGUAAGGUGCGCACACACUGUUUUUCUGGUGCUUGUGUCCUUGAUGUCGCUGCGCAGGUAUCCGGGAUCCUGAAGAAGGACGAGCGCAUUGGAGCGGUUGUGCUGCACGCGGGGACGAACGACACCAGGCUGCGGCAGACGGAGGUUCUGAAGAGGGACUUCUCCAGCCUGAUAGAGACGGUACGAGGCAGAUCACCCACCGCGAAGAUCAUCGUCUCUGGACCUCUUCCCACAUACAGACGUGGAGCAGAAAAGUUGUUUCGUCCUGAUGGCCUGCACCCCAGCAGCCUUGGAGCGGAACUGCUAUCAGACAACAUUUCCAAGGCGCUACACUCCAAGUGACUGCCUAGCGUAAGUACAUCUUCCAAUAAUAACAACAUUCAGUAUAAUCAAUGUUCAAUUAAAAAUCCGGCACCGGUAGUACAUACUAUAGAGACUGUGUCUGUUCCCCGAGCUAUACAAAUAUAUAGAAAAUCUCGGAAAGUCUAUCUUCGUAACCUAAUUAACAUAAAAUUAAAUCAUAUUGAAUGCACAGCCAGCACUUUUGAUCUGAAGCUAGGACUAUUAAACAUUAGAUCUCUUGCGUCUAAGGCUCUUAUUGUUAACGACAUCAUUACUGAUCAGGAAUGUAAUUUAAUGUGUUUAACAGAAACUUGGAUUAAACCAAACGAGUACAUAGCAUUAAAUGAAGCCAGUCCUCCUGGAUACAGUUAUGUACAUCAGCCUCGUUCAACUGGUAGAGGAGGAGGUGUUGGUCUCAUCCAUAGUAAAAAUCUAGUCGUCACACAAAAACCUAAGCAUAAAUUUAAUUCUUUUGAAAUUCUUUAUACCAGUAUAAGUUAUGUAGCCACAAAAAAUAAGUCAAUUCCUCUAAUUAUUAUUUACAGACCCCCAGGGCCAUAUACUGAAUUUCUUAGUGAAUUUGCAGACUUUGUCUCAAACCUGGUUGUGUCUGUAGAUAAAGCAUUAAUCGUCGGAGACUUUAAUAUUCAUUUUGAUAACCUGGAAGACCCUCUAAGAUUAGCGGUUGUGUCCAUCUUAGAUUCAGUAGGGAUUAAUCAGAACGUAAUCGGGCCUACUCAUAAUGGUGGUCACACUCUUGACCUCAUACUAACAUACGGACUAAGUAUAGAAAAUAUUAUCAUUCUUCCGCAGUCUGAAGUUGUCUCAGACCAUUAUCUUAUCUCGUUCAUAAUACGAAUUGAUCA